GUGGUGUAUUCCGUACCCUAUGCUCUUCAAAGUUCAAACUUCCCCUCUAGUCACGUGAAUCAUCUCAUUUAGCGCGACGACGCGUCGCAAUGCUGAACGCGUCCAUCAACUUGCCACCGCGAAGCGAUUUAAUUUCAUGACAACGCUGCCUAACAAUUGCUCGUGGAGGAAGUUAAACAUCACAUUAUCCAUCAAUAUGACGGCAGAAUCACCUGCUGCAGCUGCAGCCAAAGAGACCAUUACCCAGGGCAUCAUCAAACGAAUCUUUGUCGAAACUGGCAAAGAUGGCAUCAAAGAUGAGCAGUUCGUCGUGCAAAUCAUCAACCUUCGUGAGCAAACGAAACCAGGUGGUGCUAGACGGAUCAGGCUCGUCAUGAACGAUACUCAGUUCACGGCGUUCGGAAUUCUUGAUGCGCGUACGUCCUCCGCUUCUACAAAUCUCAAAUGCAUCGGAUCGCUUACUUGUCACAGAUCUCUGUCCGCUUGUGGACGAAGGCUCUUUGCGCCAGGGCCAGCUUGUCCGGGUGUUAAAGCAUCAGCUCGUUAUAUCCAACGCCACCGGAGCCAAAUUCGCAAUGAUCGAAGAGAUGGAGGUACUCGCCCAGUACGGAACGCAGGAGAAGAUUGGAAAUCCUCGAAACAUCUCCGAAAUCCUCGACUCGGCAAAAGACGCCGGCGCAAAGCCGCAGCCAGCUGGAAUAACGGGUGACAACUUCUACGGUGCGAAGCCCGAAUCGAAAGCGCAAGAUAUCCCUCAACGUUCCAACAAUCCUCGACCUGGCUUUGGAGGUGGCGCUCAUCCACACGUUCUUCCGAUCGAGGGUCUCAGUCCAUACCAGAACAAAUGGACCAUUCGAGUCCGUUGCACGCAUAAGUCGGAUAUCAAGACCUGGCACAAGCAGAGUGGAGAAGGCAAGCUCUUCAGCGUCAACCUUCUGGACGAGGGCGGCGAGAUCCGGGCGACUGGCUUCAAUGCUGAGUGCGACAAUCUAUAUGACCUUUUCCAGGAAGGCAUGGUGUACUACAUUUCCAGUCCUGCCAAGAUUAAUAUUGCGAAGCGGCAAUUCACUCAGAUCAACAACGAGUAUGAGAUUGUGUUUGAGAGGGAUACACAGGUCGAGAAGGCCGAAGAUCAAUCCAACGCUCCCCAAGUCCGCUACAACUUCACACCCAUUGGCAGCCUCCAAGACAUCGCGAAGGACACGACCAUCGAUACCAUCGGUGUUCUCAAAGAUGUUGGCGAGCUAUCCCAGAUCGUCUCCAAGACCACCAGCAAGCCAUACGACAAGCGCGAACUCACACUCGUGGACGAUUCGUUGCAUUCGGUACGUCUGACGAUCUGGGGAAACCAGGCCACCAACUUCGACACCAUGCCGGAAAGUAUCAUCGCGUUCAAGGGCUGCAAAGUCUCAGAUUUCGGCGGUCGAAGUCUUUCCCUCCUAAGCUCCGGCUCCAUGACCGUCAGCCCAGACAUCGACGAUGCAUUCCGUCUCAAAGGAUGGUUUGACGCCCAAGGCAAGACCGAUACCUUUACCACGUUCCAGAACAUGGCUGGAGCCGGCGACAUGGGGGGGACGCGGUCCAACGAGCUGAAGACAAUCGGGCAAGUCAAGGACGAGGAGCUGGGCAUGCACAACGAACCGGCGUACUUCACUGUCAAAGCCACCAUCUCCUAUGUCAAGCGUGAGAACUACUGCUACGCGGCUUGCAAAGGGGACAGCUGCAACCGCAAGGUUCAGGAGAUCGAGCCGGGGAACUGGCGAUGCGAGUGGUGCGAGAAGAGUCAUGACGCGCCGAAUUACCGGUAUAUCAUCUCGAUCAACGUGGUCGAUCACACCGGAUCGAUGUGGCUGACGUGCUUCGACGAGCCGGGGAACGUCGUCAUGGGGAUGAGUGCGAACGAGCUGCAUGCGCUGGGUGAGGAGGGGAAUAAUACGCUUGUGUUCGAGGAUGCGAACCUCAAGACGUUGACAUUCCGUUGCAGAGCGAAGACGGACACCUACCAGGACCAGCAACGGAUUCGAUAUCAGGUCAAUUCUGCUGCUCCUCUCAAUUUCCCUGCUGAGUCUGCCAGACUCCAAGCGUUGAUCAAGCAGUACGAGGGUCUCCCGGAUCUUGUUAAGGAGGCAGGUGACCAGAGUCUCUUUGUUUAGUAGGGUCCUACUCAGAUUGGCGUGUUUGGUGGGUGUCUUCAUACUGUCAUGUCUAUCCGAAGGACGUCGAGAUGGGAAGU